GAACCUUUGGUUAAAAGCUCACGUCUUAUCUCCUGUGUUUGUCGAAUAGAAAAACCCAUUGGAAACUAGAGAAGCAGAAAACUGUGACAAAAGCCAUGGUUCUGUCAACCGCUGCUGCAACACUCUACAUUUCUGGCUACAACGUUCAUGCCCCAACGCGCAGAAGCACCUCCAUCUUCUCAAAUUCUACCAAUUUUUCAAUAAAGCAGAGUAGAAAACUGAGCAUCAGGAGCUCUGGUGAUGUAUCAGCCGAGACACCAGCCACUGAAACAGAAACAGAAAAAUCCAUUGAUGAAACUCCUAAAGGACCUCCUCCUCUAAUCUCUGCUCUUAAUGUUGAACGAGCUCUUCGUGGCAUCACAAUAACAGAUGUAGAUCACUAUGGUAGAGUUGGCCUUCAAAGUGGAUGUUCUUAUGAACAGGUUCGAAUCAUACAUAAGCUGAGGACUUCAUUUCUUUCUCAGGAAUCGUACUCGAUUUUGUCAUCGGUGGAAGAGAGAAGGCUGUAUGACUGGAGCUUGGCAAGAACUGAAAACCCAGAUAGAUAUGCCUGGCCUUUUGAGGUGGAUAUCACCCAAACUCCCAAGGAGGACCCUCCACCAGGGAGUUUUGUGUGACAAGAACCGGAGGACGUCGGGCCGACGAGAUUGGUGGGAUAUUUCUUUCUAGGAUGGCUAAUACUGUCGGUCGUGUUGUCUAUUGCCCUUGCUCGAUAGGGGAUGUGUUUUUAUUCUGUAAUAUAGUCAUCACAAAUGAUCUCUUUUGCCA